AUGAAUCCCGUCUGCUAUAAUGGGGGGGCCCAUGAUAGACUUAUACAUGAGGCUGACCAGCUCAUUUCUCAUAUUGAGCGUGGUUCCAUGAUCCUAAAACUUUAUCCGCGCAAGCGGCCUGAGCGUCGUUCUCUGUCCGUAAGAAGAGAGACCCUACAAAUUAUUUGGGCCAGGGCAGGCAUUCCACCGAAGAACAUGUUUGAGGGCGCGCUCGACAUACGAGACAUCAAGGAAGUUAGGCUCGGCAAGGGUUCCAAACACUUCGAGCGGUGGGCAGAGGAAGUCAAGAGGCUGGAGAGCUCCAAAUGUUUCACCAUCUAUUAUGGUUCUGAAUUCAAACUGCGCGCAGCUUCGUUUGCAGCUCAAACUGACAAGGAAUGUGAGGCCUGGGUAAAGGGAAUCAGGUUUCUCAUUGAGGAGGCAGUAAAUGCAUCGUACCCUUUGCAAAUUGAGAGAUGGCUGCGGAAGGAGUUUUAUGCUAUAGAAAAUGCUCAUGAAAAGGAAAAAAACAAAUGUUUUGCAGCAAAGUUCUUUAGACUUAAAUUCAGAAGAUUUUCGGGGGUGAAAAAACAACACACCAUCUCUUUGAAAGAAGUGAAAGGAUUCCUUCCAAAAAUAAACUGCAAGAUAGCUACCAACAAGCUGCGGGAUAUAUUCCAAGAGGUGGACACAGACAAAAGGGGAGAAAUCGGCUUUGACGACUUCUCUAGCCUUUACCAAAAACUGAUUUUUGACGAAAAUAGCGUGCACGAUAUUUUUGACAAAUACUCGUUGUACUGCAAGAAUGGCUCGACAAUAACUUUGCGUGAGUUCCAAAGCUUCCUCCGAGUGGAACAGCAUGACAGGCUUGGGGAUGACGAGGCCGUCGCCUCACAGUUCAUACGAGAUUACCUGCGCGAUCCGCAGAGGGAUAUCUAUGAGCCGUACUUCACUCUGAAUGAGUUUGUUGAGAUGUUAUUCUCGAAACAAAACACCAUCUGGGACAGUAAACAUGACGCUGUGACACAGGACAUGACGAGACCACUAUCCCAUUACUGGAUAUCUUCGUCACAUAAUACGUAUCUAACCGGCGAUCAAUUUUCGAGUGAAUCGUCUUUGGAAGCUUACGUUCGUUGCCUGCGGUCUGGGUGCCGAUGCAUAGAACUCGACUGCUGGGAUGGCCCGGACGGAACUCCAUUUAUUUACCACGGCCACACACUGACCACCAAAAUAAGAUUCAUGGAUGUUCUGCGAACAAUAAAAGAACACGCUUUCGUAGCGUCCGACUACCCUUUGAUUCUGUCGAUUGAAGAUAACUGCACCUUGCCUCAACAACGUCGUAUGGCGACCGCUUUUCAAGAUGUCUUCGGAGACUCGCUGGUCGUCCAGCCAUUCGAUAAAAACGAGACUUGUCUGCCAUCACCUGAAAACCUGCGCAGAAAAAUAAUUCUAAAACACAAGAAGUUGCCGGAAGGGGCGGAAGAAACUUCCUUUUCGUUUCGUCAGGAAGAGGUAAAGGAUUUAGACUUGCGGAAUUCUAUCAAGAACGGAAUAUUGUUGCUCGAGGACCCGGUAGAUAAGGAGUGGAAUCCCCACGCUUUCGUACUGACGGAAUCUAAGCUGUAUUAUACUGAGCAUUACAGCAAUCAGCAGGAGACUGAUGCGGAGAGUGAUGGAGAGCCUGAAGCUGAGGCCCCUGUGGUGCCUCAGGAGGAGCUGCACUUCGGGGAGUGCUGGUUCCACGGCAAGCUCGCAGGGAACAGGCAGGAGGCUGAGGAGCUGCUGCGGAACCACGCACACCUCGGAGAUGGCACCUUCCUCGUGCGCGAGAGCGUCACAUUCGUGGGCGACUACUGUCUGUCGUUCUGGCGCCAGGGCAAGGUCAACCACUGCCGCAUCAAGUUGAAGCAGGAGCGCGGUGUCACCAAGUACUACCUCAUUGACACCGUCUGCUUUGACAGUCUCUAUAGCUUGAUCACACACUAUCGGCAGCAUCCAUUGCGUAGCCAGGAAUUCUUGAUAACGCUAAGGGAACCGGUGCCUCAGCCAAACAAGCACGAGGGCAAGGAGUGGUUCCACCCAUUCUGCACACGUGCUCGGGCUGAAGAGUUGCUGCGCAAGGCUAACACUGACGGCGCGUUUUUAGUCCGACCCAGCGAGAAGGACAACUCUUCGUUUGCUAUAAGUUUCAGGACGCAAAGGGAGAUAAAGCACUGCAGGAUCAAGCUCGAAGGCCGUCUUUAUACCAUCGGCACGGUGAGGUUCGAGAGCCUGGUCGAGCUGGUCAGCUAUUACGAAAAGAAUCCCUUGUACAAGAAGGUUACGCUGUGGCUGCCCAUUAGCGAAGAGCUUGUUAGGCGUAUCAUAGCCGAACCUGACGACAACACUGUAUACGGGACACCGGGCUACAUGGAUCCGACAGCUUUCACUUCCAAGGUGACUGUAAAAGCUUUGUACGACUACCGCGCGCGGCUGGACGACGAGCUGUCGUUCUGCAAGCAAGCUAUCAUCACGAACGUGGACAAGCCGGACGGAGGCUGGUGGCGCGGGGACUACGGCGGCAAGAAGCACCACUGGUUCCCAGCUAACUACGUGCAGGAAAUUGAGGUUCCGCACAUUCCCGACGGCCCAGGUCUCGAGAACGAAACCGCAGCUUUGGGCUCAUUACAGAAAGGCGUCGUAGACGUGCUAGGCGCUGUGGUGGAACUGGUAGUGGGUGAGGAGGGCGGCGCGCCGCGCUGGCUGGUGCGCAUACAGAGCCCGCAGAUGUGCGGCCCCUUCGACAUGGCCGCGCCCACCCGCGAGAUUGCGCUCGAAUGGCUCACCGCCAUCAAAGAGGCUGCCAUCAGUGCCAGUGCCCGCUCCCUCCAGCAUAAAAAGAUGGAACGCACAUGGAGGAUUGCUAAAGAGAUGUCUGACCUGAUAGUCUAUUGUCGCUCCGUCACUUUCAAUCAGGAACGCAUACGCAACAAAGGCUUCAUUUACAACGAAAUGUCUUCUUUCCCCGAAACCAAAGCUGAGAGGCUGAUGUGCCAACAGGAGACUUCUUUCUUCCUCAAGUAUCACACCAAACAACUGAGUCGCAUUUAUCCGAAAGGACAGAGGAUUGAUUCCUCGAACUACAACCCUGUUCCAUUCUGGAACGCUGGCUCUCAGAUGGUGGCUCUGAACUACCAGACUCCAGAUAAGCCAAUGCAGAUUAAUAUGGGAAAGUUCAAGGAGAAUGGUGGAUGCGGUUACGUCUUGAAGCCGGAGUUUAUGUUUGAUGACGGCUAUAAUCCGUAUUCAAAGAAGAGUAUUGAGAAGAAAGUGAAGCCGAUGUUAGUGAUGCUGCGUUUGAUCGGGGCCAGGCAUCUCAUAAAGACGGGUCGUGGUACUACCAGCCCGUCAGUGGAAGUCGAAAUUAUUGGAGCGGAAUAUGACUCUGGCACUAAACUCGUCACAAAGACAGUUGCUGAUAACGGCCUAAACCCGAUUUGGAAUGACAUUUGCGAAUUUGAGGUGGCAAACCCCGAACUGGCUCUCAUUCGUUUCCUUGUUCAAGAUGAAGACAUGUUCGGCGACCGAAAUUUCAUAGGACAGGCAGUAUUUCCAAUCACAUGCCUGCGAUCUGGGUACCGAAGUGUGCCAUUGACCAACGCUUAUUCAGAGGAACUUGAGUUAUCAUCGCUGAUGGUCCAUAUAUCCUUCAUCGUCACCAAAUAG